UAAAAAUUAAACUUGUUCGCCAAAAUGAAACUAAUAACCAAAUGAUGUCAGUAUGGGCUAUCGGAUCUUAUAUUGGACAAGAUGACAAUGAAAUCGAAAUGACUAUUUACAUACCUAUCAACCCUGAAGAUCAUGAUCCAGAUACCCAAGCAAUCUUUAAAAGAGAUGAAUAUUAUUUAAUUGGAGGAAAAAUCAUCUCUACACAUUAUGCUGGAAUUACAAGACCAAAGAUGACAGUAUCAGCUUCAAAAUAUUUAAUUUUUCUUAAUAAAGACUCUAUGUCAAACAAAAGUCCUCUUAAGGUUUCUCUAGUAGGAAUCCCACAAAAAAUGCCAACUGAAUUUAAUGACACUGAUGCUAUACUUGAAACAGUAAUGACUGACUAUAUAAAUGGUCAAGAACGUGAAUAUACAAUUAAUAUUGUUUUUCCAUAUAACAAUCCAAGAUUCAGUCACCUCAAAACUACUAUACGACCAUAUGAAUCAGAAAUCUUUAUUAUUGGACUUAUGGAAAUCAUAGACCAUAAUCUUUAUGUCUAUACGAAAGAAAUCA